UUGUUUUUGUGUUUUCUUGAAUUUCUGCCGAUCCAUUAAAAAAUAAAAAAACCUCAGUGGGCCACACGCUUUGCCAAGGGAUUUGCCCCUGUGGCAGCCCAUCAGGGCAACAUCCAGGGCUCGAAGCAGCACUGGUGACACCGGGAAGGGGCCCAAAGGGAGCCGGGGCAGUGCUGGAGCAUCGCCGCCUCCUUCGCCCACGCUGGUGAUGGCCUGGGGCGCCGUCCCUUACCCCAUCGCAGCCCCGGCGGUGCCCCCCGGGAUGCUUUCUGCCCAUUAAUCAUCGUUUUAUGUCGGCAGCACCUUUGUGUUCACAGGAAGCCGUUGGCUGGGCAGAAAGGGGAAGGAAGGCAUUGCAAAUUCGGCUGCGAGGAGCCGCGGUGGAGGGCUCGGAGGGGCAGAGGGGAUGGAGGCGAGCGGAGCCGGCUGGAGGUGGCUCUGCUGUCGCCGUGCUCGGUGCUGGGGCUGCACUCACCCUCAAAGGAGAGGAGCUGUGGGACCAGAACGUCAUCCAGCACGAUGACAACCCAGAGGCUACGGGAGACCCCACAGCGGACACCAGGGACGUGGAUGGGAUGAACACGUGGCCUGUGGCCUCUCCGACCCCCACUUUGACCAGGGACCCCCCCAACAUCACCGCGCCGACGCAAGCAGGCAGCCUGGGGAACCAAACCCGAAAUGGGUCGGGAGUUCCCGUCAAGUACUGGUCCCCCGUCAUCUUUGUGCUCCUUGCUCUGCUCGUGCUCUUCUUCACCUACCGGAGGACCAAGGGUGAAGGGACGCGGGAGCCAACCACCUCCAUCAGCGACUUCUCAGAUGCGCUUGUCCAAGAGCACGACACCGCCCUCAUCAUCCCCGCUGCCCAGGAGGACAGGAAAGGGGCAGAGAACCCCCACGCCCAGGAGCUGACCGAGACCACCUUCUGCCAGCCGGACCCCCCCCCAGGACAGCCGCUGCCUUCCCAGCCCGCUGUGCCUGCGGCCACCGGCGAUCCCUGCUGCUCCGGGGAGCCUGGUGCCGACUGAGGGCCGGCCGGGGGAGCCAGCGGCUUUUGGACAAGCUGAUGGAGCACGAGGCCACCCCAGGAGGACAAAUUCUGACCAGACACCCGGCGGGGGGGCACGUGGAUGCUGGGGGAUGCGAGCAUCGUGCACCACCUCGCUCCAAGGGAUGCUCCGGCACGUCGCCAAAACCUGGCAGGAUGGGGACCUGCAUGGGAUGGGGCUGGGCGCAGCGUUCACGGCCCCCAAGGACAGGGCUUGUGGGGGGGGGCACGGCCGAGCCAA